CGUGGUGACGUCAUCUCAACGCGCUGGCUGAAGGGGACCUGUCGGUUGGUUUGCACGUUGCUGCUGGGAUUUAUUUGCGGGUGAACUGCUGAUUGUUGGGGUUGUUUUAUUUCUUUAUUUCCGUUCCUACCUGCUGGCUCCAAAGACAUGUCUGUGACUGAGAUGUUCAGCUGCAUCCAGGGCUUCCUGAGCGCCGACCAGGACGUCAGAGAGGAUAUCCGUAAGGUGGUCCAGAAUUUGGAGCAGACCGCCAGGGAAAUCCUAACAGUGCUCCAAAGCGUCCACCAGCCGGCUGGGUUCAAAGACAUUCCCAGUAAAUGUGCCAGGGCCCGGGAGUUGUUCUGCUCCGUCAGGACGCAGAUGGGCGAGCUCAAAACCAAAUUUCCCGCGGAGCAGUAUUACAGGUUCCAUGAACACUGGCGGUUUGUGCUGCAGCGUUUGGCCUUCCUAGCAGCCUUUGUGGUCUACCUGGAAAGUGAAACCCUUGUCACGCGGGAGGAGGUGGCCCAGAUACUUGGAAUUGAAGUUGUGCGGGAGAAGGGCUUUCAUCUGGACAUCGAAGAUUUCCUCGCAGGAGUGCUGAUUAUGGCCAGUGAGCUGUCGCGGCUAGCGGUGAACAGCGUCACCGCAGGAGACUACAGCCGGCCGCUCCGCAUCUCUAACUUCAUCAACGAGCUGGACUCCGGCUUCCGUCUGCUCAACCUGAAGAACGACCCGCUGCGGAAACGGUACGACGGGCUGAAGUACGACGUGAAGAAGAUCGAGGAGGUGGUCUACGACCUGUCCAUCCGCGGCCUGGCCAAGGAGGCCGAAUCCGGCGGAGACAAGUAGAACGUGACGUUUGUUGGUUUGCUGUUGGAGGAGGAGGGGGGGGGGGUGUGGCAGCUGCCUCCACCUGGGACCUCUGCAUGAUUGCUGCAGGUUGGAGACCUUCCCCCAUGCGGAAGUCAAAGUCCCAGGGAUCUGCCUGAGGUCCCCAGCAGCCAGAGACGGACUAUGUGAUGGUGUGUCUGCGUAUGCGUGCAAGUGUUUCAGCAUGGAUUUGUGCAAAUGCAUGCAGGAGGUGUGGUUUAGAUGGAAGGCAGUCUGUCAGGAAGGGUGCAGAGGUGGUACAGAAGCUCAACUUGAUUCAGAAACUCAACAUAAAGGUUCAGUUUGUUGCGGCGUUCGGGAAUGCGUUCUCAGCUUUAUCUUAUUCCAGUGUUUCAGCAUCGUUGUAUUUCACCGUUUCUGGAGGCCGUCAUGUUUACCCGUUUGUUUUUCUGGGUUAUGUUUUAUUUCUCUUGUUGAAAUGUCACAUUUGUGUCAAAGCUGUUUAACACGUGAUUAAAUUUGGGUUUGUGGAGUCAGCAUAAGGUUUCACAGCUACACACAUCCAAA